AUGCCGUCAUCAAUUAUUGAGAUCAUCAAUUAUGUAGUUGCUUUUGGCUUGAAUCGGAGAAGCGCACCAACAAUAGGAUCCAUUUAUAGCAAAGAUAACCCUGAACCAAACUACCAAUUACUUAAGGAUAUACAGGCACAAAGAAUACCAUCAUUCCCCUCAGCUCCUCAGAACUAUGACACUCAGGAAAUUAUUCUUUCUGACUACCAACAGCAACGAUCAGUUCAAACAAAUGCAUAUGGUAAAAGAUUGCCACCUCCACCAGUUUUUCAUAAUAGGGAAGCAUCUGUGCACAUGGUCCAAGUUAUGCCAAAAUUAGCAACUACACAACUUCAUCCAAACAAUCAGUCGAAUAGUUUGGAUCUCAACCAAUUCAAGUUUUAUCAACCAAGUAUUGCAUCGAUUGAUUCUUCAUAUUCAAAAAAUACUGUUGGUUUCCAGCCAAUCACCGGUGAUAUCCUGGAAUUGACAUCGACAGACGAUAGAGAAUAUGAUUCAGCGUUAAAUGUAUUAUAA